UCCCGGCCCAUUGCGGCCAAUGGGGGUUGGCCGUCGGCGGGGCGGUGCGCGCUGAUAGGGCGCUGCGGGAGUUUGGCCGGGCGCUGCAAACGGCGGCACGUUGGAGCGGAGCGGGGCCGAGCGCAGGAACAGAUGAGAGAACAGCAGAGGGGUCCCCUGCUUGAUUGUGUGCCACCCUGCAGCUGCCAGCUUGGCAUUCUCCUUCCAGACCUUUUCUGAUGCUUCUUCACUCCACCACUUGACACUGCUGUUACAAAAGCUCCGUGUGGCCGCAGGCGUUGGAGUGAUGCAGCAAGGAACCCUCCCAUGCAGCCUGGGGCAGCUAGUGCAAGAUGCCAGCAAGUCCAGAGGGAGCAGGGGAGGCAGCUUCUGAGUGGAAUUUCUUAUCCUCGGGCGUCUGUGGCUCUAUAUUCUGAUGAGACACUCAGCCAUGCCAUACUCUCUCUGGGAGUGCUAGCAUUCCAGCUCUCUGCAGUCCCAUCUGAGACUCUGUGGGCAGGACGCAGUGAUGGGGGACUCUCCAACAGAUGUUGUGGGUGAAGUCAGUGACACGGGCUUCCAAGACACACAGGCUGAACUGUCAGAGCGGGUGGCAGCCAUAGAUGUGGCUGUUCACCCAGACAGAAGUGACCAAAAUGGUGAAGACAUCACUGAAGAAAAUGACGCAGUCUUUUCUGAUAAUGUAAAAGACAUCCAAAGAAAUGGAGUCAACAGUGACGUGGAAACGAAUGAAGUCCUGCUCUUGCAGCAGCCAGAUGAUGCUCACUGGGGGCACGCUUCCAAGAGACCUCUUGCUAGACCUGUGCUAUCAGGUAGGAAGUUGUCUCUUCAGGAAAGAUCAUCAGGCAGCCAUUUGGCUUCGAGCAAUGCUCCAGGUUUUGGUCAUUAUGCCACAGGGCCAUCACCACGUAUCGUGCGGAGGCCGACAAUAGAGUCCAAUCGAGUCUCCAUCUCAGAUGCUGAGGACUGCGUGCAAUUAAACCAGUACAAGCUGCAGAGUGAAAUAGGCAAGGGUUCCUAUGGUGUUGUGAAGCUGGCCUACAACAAGGAUGAUGACAAGUAUUAUGCCAUGAAAGUCCUCUCCAAAAAGAAGCUUUUGAAGCAGUAUGGAUUUCCACGUCGACCUCCUCCUAGAGGGUCGAAAUCAUCCUCAGGAGAGCAGUCUAAAUCAAUGGCACCACUGGACAGAGUCUACCAGGAAAUAGCCAUAUUAAAGAAACUGGACCAUGUCAACGUUGUUAAACUGAUAGAGGUCCUUGAUGAUCCUGCAGAAGACAACUUAUACAUGGUGUUUGACCUCCUGAGGAAAGGGGCCGUCAUGGAGGUACCAAGUGAGGAGCCAUUCAGUGAGGAUCAGGCCCGGCUCUACUUCCGAGACAUUGUUCUGGGCAUUGAGUAUUUGCACUACCAGAAGAUCAUUCAUCGGGACAUCAAGCCUUCCAAUUUGCUCUUAGGCGAUGAUGGGCAUGUCAAAAUUGCUGAUUUUGGAGUCAGUAAUCAGUUUGAAGGGAACGAUGCACAGCUUUCCAGCACGGCAGGAACACCAGCCUUCAUGGCACCAGAGGCCAUAUCAAACACAGGCAAAAGCUUCAGUGGAAAGGCACUUGAUGUAUGGGCCAUGGGAAUUACCCUGUACUGCUUUGUUUACGGGAAGUGUCCUUUUAUAGAUGAAUAUAUUCUGGGUCUUCAUAACAAGAUCAAGAGCAAGCCUGUGGAGUUCCCAGAAGAAUCACAGAUAAGUGAUGAGCUCAAGGAGCUGAUCUUACGCAUGCUCGAUAAAAAUCCAGAAACAAGGAUAACAGUCCCUGAAAUUAAGGUACAUCCAUGGUUAACCAAGGGUGGCCAGGAGCCUCUGCCACUGGAAGAAGAGCACUGUACUGUGGUGGAGGUUACAGAGGAGGAAGUGAAGAACUCAGUGAAGACAAUCCCAAGUUUGCCUGCUGUGAUCCUAGUGAAGGCCAUGCUAAGAAAACGCUCCUUUGGGAAUCCAUUUGAAGUUCUGACCAGACGGGAGGAGAGGUCCAUGUCUGCUCCAGGGAACCUGCUAAUGGACAGAUUCCUCUUAAACACAUCUAUAUAUUUGCAUCCAUCUUUAAGAAAACAAGGGAGCAGAGAAGGAGGCAGGGACUCAGAGCUGCCCGAUGUGUGUGAAGAUGAAGCUACGUCCUGAAGCCACGUGGCUGUCGCAGGCUGGUUGCUCACGUGCUGCUGCUGCUGCUGUACCCAUCAUGGUGUUGUUUGGCACAUCUGCUCACAUCGCAAUGUCCAGGGCCUGCAAAGCAAAACGGACCAACCCAGCAAACUGAAAAGGAGGAAAAGAGCAGCAAUAAAGAACCGAGCGAGUCUCAGCUGGCGGAGGGCUGGCUUGGCUUCUUGGGCAGCUGUGUUCCUCACGCCAGGUGUCCGUGUGCUCCUCUGUGUGUGCCUUGCUCUCCACUUGUGCUUCACGUGUGAGCUUUGUAGUUGGGUGUCUUGACCAAUGAAUGUUUUUAUUUGCAAUGCAGCAAACCAAACGUCGUCUCGUGGGUCGUUCACCCUGGAGACCUUUUUCCUUGCUUUUUUAUUUUUUUCCCAUCCUCUGUUUCAAAGAUCAGGAAAAACGAAUGGCAUCAAAGCAGGGUCUUGUAUCAGAGAGCGACUCAGUGCACACAUAAAGCAUUAAGUGUGGCAGGACACAGCCCUGCUCCAGCUGCUGAUCACAUUCUAUGGAUAGCAGAAGGAUCAGAUCUUCCUUUUGGUGUUUACACUGUCACUCUCUUUGCCUUUUUUCCCCCUUCUCCUCUUCACCCUUAACAUAAACCCUACCAGCAUUGAUAGCUUUAUUCAUGGCAGUGUUACGAACUAUAAGGAGUGUUUCCUGUAUGUGCAGUGAGCCUUUGAAUGCCACGGAGCUGAACCCCCAGGACACACCGUUGUACAUGAAGGCUUCAUGCAUCUGCUGAUGAACUGUUCCCAAGGAGCUGUGAUUCACUCCAUCUCCUGCUCCCAGUCCUGUGCACGUGGGUGAUGUUAUGAAGCCUAAAAAGAAGUGGACGGGUUUGGCAUUUAUCUGGUUUAAGGGUGAUUUCCUUUCACACGCAUCUCUUCGCUCCUUUAAAAUGCCUGCCUGGUGCUUUCCAACUCUGAUCUCCUGAUAAACAGCCCAGAAUGGGAGAGCUCUUAAGGAUGGAGAACAUUACGGAAGGGUUUUUGAACGAAGGAAGGUUACAGAACACGAAUGGGAUACAAUGAAAACUUGAUCUGUUGUUUAAGGCCAUAGUUGUUAAUUUUAAGACUAAUUUUAUGCACGUGCCGGUCUCUAUAGCAAUCCAGGGAGAGCUUCUAAACUUGGGAUUGGAAGCUUCAUGUCUACGUUUGGCAGCAGGUGAGAAACUGCACCCAAGGAGCAGAUGGGGUUGUUUCAUGGGCUGCUGGCUGUACAGACCAAUCCAUCAGAACACACACUGCUAUUUCCCUUUGAGCUUUAAGGGGGGUCUGAGGAUGCCCCCAGAAAGUCAAUGGACUGAAUUGUACGUAAAGGACAUGAUUAAAUUUGGUUCCUUACUAUUUUUUAGGUUAACCAUGAGGAUUUGGGGCUCGAGUCCCCUGAUUUUGUGCCAGGGGAUACGCAUACAAGGAUUAUUAAUAGCAACCCGUGUGCUCAUUUUCCCAUUCUGUUCAUUGUAGAUUGGUUUGGUUCCCAUUGAUUUUUGUAGCUUGGCUUUGCUUCCAGUGCCUUCUGCUUGCCAGCCCCUGCCUGCCGCCUCUCCGUCCUCCCUUCUGCUCGUCUCCAGGCGCCUUGCAGUGCUGGUGUGCAGCCCAAGGCAGGCUGCAGUGUGGGCUGUGCCCCACGUCCUGCCUGUAAAUACUGGCCAAGCCUCGUGGCUUGGGGUGUAUUCUUGUAGUGAAGGUAUUUUGUCAAGGAGACCUUCUGUUCCUAAAUGGGGCAGCAGGGUGAUAUCCUGUACACGUUAUUGCUCUGGGGCUGUGUUCUGCACCACUUGCAUCCAGGCGUUGUAUCAAUCCUGCGUUGUGCCUCUGCAUGCAGCUGCAGUGCACUCAGCAUCCCCCGAGGGCUGUGACUGCGCUUCAGCCGAGCACUGUGAUACGUCCCUGCACACCGGAGCACCUGAACGUGUGCUUGAGCCAUAUUGACUCAUAACGAAGAUUUAAAUGCUGCAAAAGGGAGGAAAAACCACGACGGAACCUUGGUGAGUCCCACAGUGGACCUGGGAACCCCCUGCUGGCGGUGCUGCUCCGACGGCCGCGUUGUGCAGGGGGCUCCUCCAGGCCAUCAAAAGAACUGUAAAUCCAAGAGAAAAACAAGGACUUUUCAGGACGUUGAUGUGACCCUCCGUGCUGCUGUACCUGAUCAUGCCUGUUCUGUUAGUAUUUAAAGUCUCUUGUUCUACUGGAUGUGAAGUACGACUGUGUGUGUGCGCGCUCUGGUUCCAGCAUGAUGUAUCUGCACUGCGUACUGUAAUGGCACGUGGCCAUUACCCUGUAAAUAUGUACCAUGAAUAGAGAGGCUAUUUUUUGCAUGCUUUUGUACUCUAGAACCAGAAAGGAAAUGACAAUAAAGCCCACAGGAAUGAU